AUGCAUUGGCCUGCAGGGAAUUCCAUGAGAAACCGAAGAAAUGGCACCAUGGAGAGUGUGCGAACACUCUACUCCAGCAUAUCUCGAAGCACAGACCUGUCCUACAGCGAGAGCGAUUUGCUGAAUUUUAUUCAGGAAAAUUUUAAGAAAAGAGAGUGUGUCUUCUUCACAAAAGAUCCCAAGGCCACGGACAGCAUGUGUAAAUGUGGCUAUGCUCAAAACCAGCACGUUGAAGGCACUCAGAUCAAUCAGACUGAGAAAUGGAAUUAUAAAAAACAUACCAAAGAAUUUCCUACUGAUGCCUUCGGGGACAUUCAGUUUGAAACAUUGGGGAAGAAAGGAAAGUACAUCCGUUUGUCAUGUGACACAGACCCAGAAAUCCUCUAUGAGCUGAUGACCCAGCACUGGCAUCUGAAAACCCCCAACCUCGUUAUAUCCGUGACUGGCGGAGCCAAAAACUUUGCCCUCAAACCUCGAAUGCGCAAGAUCUUCAGUCGCCUGAUCUACAUAGCUCAGUCCAAAGGGGCAUGGAUUCUCACUGGAGGCACUCACUAUGGCCUGAUGAAGUAUAUUGGUGAGGUGGUGAGAGACAACACCAUCAGCAGGAAUUCAGAGGAGAACAUUGUAGCCAUUGGCGUAGCAGCCUGGGGAAUGGUCUCCAAUCGGGACACCCUGAUCAGACACAGUGAUGCUGAGGGACAUUUCUCAGCCCAGUAUAUCAUGGAUGACUUCAAGAGAGACCCGUUGUAUAUCCUGGACAACAACCACACCCACCUCUUACUGGUCGAUAAUGGCUGCCAUGGAUACCCAUCAGUUGAAGCAAAGCUUCGGAAUCAAUUGGAGAAAUAUAUUUCAGAACGUGCAAUCCAAGAUUCCAAUUAUGGUGGAAAGAUCCCUAUUGUGUGUUUCUCCCAAGGAGGUGGAAGAGAGACUCUGAAGGCCAUCAAUACAGCCAUCAAAAAUAAAAUCCCCUGUGUGGUGGUGGAGGGCUCUGGGCAGAUCGCUGAUGUCAUUGCCAGCCUGAUAGAAGCCGAAGACUCCCUGGCAUCAUCCACAGUCAAAGAAAAGCUCAUCAAGUAUUUACCCCGAACCAUUUCCCGACUCCCAGAGGAAGAAACUGAAAGCUGGAUCCGAUGGCUCAAAGAAAUCCUCGAAAACCCUCACCUGCUGACAGUUAUUAAGAUGGAAGAAGCUGGGGAUGAAAUCGUGAGCAAUGCCAUCUCCUAUGCUCUCUACAAAGCCUUCAGCACCAAUGAGCAGGAGAAGGACAACUGGAAUGGCCAACUGAAGCUGCUACUCGAGUGGAACCAGCUAGACCUGGCCAAUGAGGAAAUCUUCACCAAUGACCGCAGAUGGGAGUCUGCCGACCUUCAGGAAGUCAUGUUCUCAGCCCUGGUGAAGGACAGGCCCAAGUUUGUCCGCCUCUUUCUGGAAAAUGGCCUAAACCUGAGGAAGUUCCUCACCAAUGAUGUCCUCACCGAGCUCUUCUCCAACAAUUUCAGCAGUCUUGUGUACCGCAACCUGCAGAUCGCCAAAAACUCUUACAACGAUGCCCUCCUCACCUUCGUCUGGAAGCUGGUGGCAAACUUCAGAAGAGGGUACAGGAAGGAAGACAGGAGCAGCAGGGAGGAUCUGGACAUCGAGCUCCAGGAUGUGUCACCAAUUACAAGGCACCCCCUGCAAGCCCUGUUCAUCUGGGCCAUUCUGCAGAACAAGAAGGAGCUCUCCAAGGUCAUAUGGGAGCAGACCAGAGGUUGCACUCUGGCAGCCCUGGGAGCCAGUAAGCUGCUGAAGACCCUCGCCAAGGUGAAAAAUGACAUCAAUGCUGCAGGGGAAUCAGAAGAGCUGGCAAAUGAGUAUGAGACUCGCGCUGUGGAACUCUUCACAGAAUGCUACAGCAAUGAUGAAGAUCUGGCCGAACAGCUCCUGGUGUACACCUGUGAGGCCUGGGGUGGCAGCAACUGUCUGGAACUCGCUGUGGAAGCCACAGAUCAGCAGUUCAUUGCACAACCAGGAGUCCAGAAUUUCCUUUCCAAGCAAUGGUAUGGAGAGAUAUCCCGGGACACCAAGAACUGGAAGAUCAUUCUAUGCCUGUUUCUCAUACCUUUGGUGGGCUGUGGUUUUGUGUCCUUCAGGAAGAAGCCCAUCGACAGACAUAGAAGGCUUAUCUGGUCCUACCUGGCUUUCUUCACCUCACCAUUUGUGGUCUUCUCCUGGAAUGCGGUCUUCUAUAUCGCCUUCCUGCUGCUUUUUGCCUACGUGCUGCUCAUGGAUUUCCACUCUGUGCCUCACACACCAGAGCUCAUCCUCUAUGCCCUGGUCUUCGUCCUCUUCUGUGAUGAAGUGAGACAGUGGUACAUGAAUGGGCUUAAGUACUUUACCGACCUGUGGAAUGUCAUGGACACUCUUGGAUUAUUUUACUUCAUAGCAGGGAUUGUCUUCCGACUCCACUCCUCUAACAAAAGCUCCCUAUAUUCUGGACGUGUCAUCUUUUGCCUGGAUUAUAUCAUCUUCACUCUGAGGCUCAUCCAUAUUUUCACUGUGAGCAGAAAUCUAGGGCCCAAAAUCAUCAUGCUGCAGAGGAUGCUAAUUGACAUCUUCUUCUUCCUGUUCCUCUUCGCGGUUUGGAUGGUGGCCUUUGGGGUGGCCCGUCAAGGCAUCUUGAGGCAGAACGAGCAUCGCUGGGAGUGGAUCUUCCGCUCAGUGAUCUACGAGCCCUACCUGGCCAUGUUCGGCCAGGUGCCCAGCGAUGUGGACGGUACCACUUACGAUCUUUCUCACUGCACCUUCACUGGCAAUGAAUCCAAACCUCUGUGUGUGGAACUGGAUGAACACAGGCUGCCCCGAUUCCCUGAAUGGAUCACCAUCCCCCUCGUAUGCAUCUAUAUGCUCUCGACCAACAUCCUGCUUGUGAACCUGCUGGUCGCCAUGUUUGGGUACACCGUGGGAACAGUGCAAGAAAACAAUGACCAGGUGUGGAAAUUCCAGCGUUACUUCCUGGUCCAGGAAUACUGCAGUCGCCUGAACAUCCCCUUCCCCUUCGUGGUCUUUGCUUACUUCUACAUGGUGGUGAAAAAAUGCUUCAAAUGCUGCUGCAAAGAAAAACACACCGAGGCCUCAGCUUGCUGUGUAACAAAUGAGGACAAUGAAACCCUGUCGUGGGAAGCUGUAAUGAAAGAAAACUACCUUGUCAAGAGCAACACCAAAGCCAACGACCAUUCCGAAGAAAUGAGACACCGAUUUAAACAGCUGGAUACCAAGCUGAACGAUCUCAAAGGCCUUCUGAAAGAGAUUGCUAAUAAAAUAAAAUAGCACAAAAUUCAAUCAGAAACCGCCAACCACAGCUAGGGACCAACUCCUAACAGAGACAUCUUGGGAUCCCCACAAACAGUGAAAAGAUGCCAAGAACUUGAAUCAACAGAAAGACCUAAAAUGGCCCUAACUGCUGAGUGACUCUUCUUUCAGCUCCUGAGUGUGAGGAAGGGUUUGAAGUGCCCCUGGCCCAACUGAUGUCUCAAAACACAGGCCACACAUUCAUCCAUGAAGAUGGACAUCAGGGAGGACAUUGUGUGUUUCUUGUUCCUCCUGACUCAACCUAGUCUCUUAGUCUGGUUCUGAGCAAGUACUUUAUUGCAUUUUCUUCUUUCAUGCUAAUAUUUCCUAUUACUCAAUCCGUUGUAGACUCCCAGAUCUCACAGGACAGUUCCUUAUCUAAGAGCUAAAUCAAGACUUUUUCUGCCAUCGGGUUAGUGAUGGUGCAAUGGGAAGAGUGUUGAACGUGGAAUCAGGGAAGCUGAGUUCAAAACCCUGAUCUACUGCUUCCUACCUGAGUGACCUUGGAUAAGUCACUUAACCACUGUGGGCCUCCGUUUCCUCCUUCCAAUGUACCAUGAGUGGUUUGACCAAGAUGGCCUCUGACUCUUCCCAGAUCUAGAUCUUGAGCUGUUAGAUCCUCUUGCUAGCGUGUUCCCGAUCAGCUCUCCCACUGCAUUCUCCUGCUUUACUCCUGAGCCAUCAGUUUUUCAUCAGUGGUCCCAAACCGCCACCCAAAAGAGCCAUGUUGCUCAGUCCCAGAGUCACUCUUCUCAUUUCAUGGAUCUUCCCCUCCCUGCAACCUGCUAUCGAGGGUGAACAACAAGCUAUACCUUCCACAAUAAGAUCUGCAAGAAAUUCUCUACUAAAGGGAGAGGAGAUGCUAGGACAAGGCUCAGAAGAGCACUGAUUGUCACCAAAAAUAUAUGUUCUAUCAAGGGAGGAUUAGAAGAUUGUUCUGAUUUGCUGAAUGGAAAAGCCUGUGAUGCCAGAAGCUGAAUAUAAGGAGCAGGAACACUCUGGGCAGUCAUUCCCUUCUUCUAGUUGCUUCCCAUUGGCCUCAGGAGACAGCUCUCCUCCCAGGAGAUGAAGGAUGAAGAUAGGACUCAGAGCAAUAAGAAAUGCUCCUCAACUCUUAGAUUAGAAGGGAAUAAAUGCAGUCACCUCAUUACCGUGAGGUCAAGGGAAUUAACCGAGAAGUUAGGGCUAAGUCUCUCUGUGAGCCAUUGUACUUUUCUGCUAUCUUCAGAGCUCCCCAAGAAGUAAGGAUGUCUUUGCCUAGGAAAAAUGCAUGGAAAGUUUAUGGGGGAAUUAUAACCUGUACAGACAUAAUUACAGAGCUCAAGCAUGGAUAGUGGAACCAUUUUAUUUUUAUUCCCAAAGAAAACUGAAAAUGAAUCUGAUUUGAAGACAAUCUACUUCACAAUCUUAGGUGCUGAAAGUGGAUUGGAAGCAAAACUUGGCUGAAAGAAACAAGCAAAAAGAGUCAAUUACCAGACCUUUCUGAGUUUUCUAAGUUAGCUUGGGGACGUUUUGACCAAAAUUGUCAUGGUUCACCUUUCCUCAGAGCACUGAGGACACCCCCAGAGUAAUAGUCUCGCACCUUCAUCUAUUGAGUCACCCAUCUGCAAAGCACUAUGCUAGACAGUUGUAUAGGAGAGCCCAGAGAAAAGGCAGCUACAGUCCCAAGGACUGGCUAAUCUAGCUCUGUUUUUAAAAAAUAAUCAUGAAAUCAGAUGAGGGAGGCAACUGUCUUUAAACUUUAUACUGGAAUGUAAGCUCCUUGGGGGCAAGGACUGUGUCUUUGUAUCAAGGGGCAGCAUGGUGUAGUGGA